AUCUCUCUCCCCGACUCCGAGCAGCCACGGCCGUCCUCCGCCACAACUUUCGCCAUGGGCGCGCGCUAGCCCCCAAGCCUUUCUUAUCCCCGUCCCGCCACACCUAUGGCUGCUGCUGUUGCCGCUGCCGCUCUCGUCCCAUGGCUCUCCUCGCGCUCCGCCUCGGCCACCUUCUGCACGCUCCGCCCGCGCAACGCCGCAUCCGCUCCCGCCGCCGCCAAAGCGUCGUCGUCUCCUGCAGCGCUGCCACAGUGAGCGCUGGGGCCGCGGCCGUGGUGUGGUUCAAGCAUGACCUCCGAAUCGACGACCACCCGGGCCUCGUCGCCGCCUGCGCCGAGCGCCGUCGCCCCGUCGUGCCGCUCUACGUCUUCGACCGCCGCAUCCUCGCGGGUUAUUCUGAUACAAUGCUGGAACUGCUACUUUUUGCUUUGAAAGACCUUAAGCUGGUAUUAAAGUCGCAAGAGUCUGAUCUGCUCAUAGGCUUGGGAAAUGCUGAAGAUGUUGUUCUGAAACUUGUGAAUGAGGUCCAAGCAGGCGUCAUCUAUACAGAAGAGGAAGUUGAGCACAGUGUGCGUAUUGUUCUAGCCAAUGUUGAAUCUUCUUUGUCUAAGGGAUCGUUUGCAUGGGGAGAGCCUCCUGAUAUGGAAGUUUGGAGUGCUCCACUGUAUGACUAUAAGAGUUUGAGGGGAUUGUCAACAUCACGCAACCAAUUUUUGAAGGACAAAUUAUCUAUGGCUGCACCUGUUGCUUCCCCAACUUUUCCUGCUCUAAGUGUGGAGUCAUACACAGGUUCUUUACCUACACUCGAAGAACUAAAAGUAUUCCUGGAAGAAAGUAGAACCACACAAGAUAAUUGGGUCAAUAUCAAGAGCAUGUCAGCAAGAUCUAUUCUCAAAGCUAACCUCAACCGGAAUAAUGUUAAAAGUAAUGUUACAUUAACUGUCGACAAUGGAGGAAACGUCGAAGAUAUCACCCCGAAUGCUGGUUCGACAGGGAGGAAAAUUAUGGAUUCAAUGUUUGCAUCUGAAAGUUCACUUCAAGUUAGAGGUGGAACAGAUCUUACUUUGGAUGCUUUAGCUGCUUACCUGAAAUACCUGGAAGGCACAGGAAAAGCUAAUUGGCAAGAGUUGCAUGAUAAAGUUCGCUUCGCUGAAACAAGGGACGGUGCUUCAUUUUACACCUUGUUUGGUGCUGCAAUUCAGCUUGGAGUCAUAUCUCGGAGGAGAGUUUACCAUGAAACUAUUCAAUAUGAGAGAGAUCGCAAUGCUGGUUUUCUAUCACCGUUUGGAUACUCAACACCUACAGUGACAUCAGCGGUAGAUGCUAUCUGUUCAUUGGAGUGGUACCGGCUCUUGGCCUUGAAAUCCCAAGUAUGCAUUGAGGCAACUUACCCUUUAAAUUUUUGGAGAUGGAAGGGUUAUCUUAUACAGUAUACUUCUGUUGGCCGUGAAGGUCCUGCAGUUCUUCUUGUGCAUGGCUUUGGGGCUUCCCUGCAGCACUUUCGUGAUAAUAUUGGCAGCAUUGCUGAUGAAGGACACAGAGUCUGGGCGAUUACCCUUCUUGGCUUUGGGAGAUCAGAGAAACCAAAUGUCGACUAUUCAGAACUUCUGUGGUCAGAAUUACUGAGGGAUUUUAUUGUUGAUGUUGUGAGGGAGCCUGUUCAUCUUGUUGGCAAUUCUAUUGGAGGUUAUAUCUGUGCUAUUGCUGCUGGCUUAUGGCCUUCUCUUGCAAAUUCUCUGAUUCUUUUAAACUCAGCUGGUUCAGUUGUUCCAAGUUACUCCUUCAUCCCAUUGAGUAAAGAAGGUCGAACCUUGUGGCUUUCAGGGUUACAGGCACGCCUCCUUUUGCUCUUUUUGAGGUCAAGGGCUGGAGGCAUUCUUAAGGAAUACUAUCCUACAAGAACUGAACGGGUUGACAAGCCACUCGUGGAUGAGAUUAUAAGGGCUUCAUAUGACCCUGGUGCAAAAACAGUUAUCGAGAGCAUAUUCAACUUCAAUCUUUCAAUUCCUCUUAAUUUUCUAUUUGAUUCUUUUGGGGGAGAAAUCUUAGUUAUACAGGGAAUGAAAGAUCCCCUUACAAAAUCCGAGUCAUUUGUUUCCAUGCUCAGAGAGCAUUGCAGCAACGUCCAUAUUAGAGAAUUAGAUGCAGGUCAUGCUCCGCACGAUGAAGUUCCAGAUGAAGUGAAUUCUGUGUUGUGUGAAUGGAUGAAAAUGAAAGAGACUGAACUUAAGUCAGCUUUGGAGAAGUCCAGUGCAAUUUAGAAAUUCUUUUAUGACUGAAGCAUAUGAGUGCAUGCUCACGGUCUGCCAUACUCUUGUUUGCUACAGAAAAGCAUCUUCCUCGACACUGAACCAGGUUUCAUCAUCCUGAGUAUGCAUUACAUCAGUACUACUGCAUUCAUCAAGUUCCGUCCAACGGAAUCCACCAAUCACCGGGGCCUCCUUUGGGAGAUCAUGCGACGGACUUCCCUGUCAGUUUGGCCACCUUCCCCCCUCCAAAAAGAACCGAGCAUUAGCACUCCAUGACAGCAGCUCGUCCCUGUUGUCAAGAGUAAUAUCAUGUCAUGACAGUUACUCAUGAUACACGCUGUGAUUAUUGUGCCCCCUUCUUUAGCUUUGAUGUGUAAGCUUCAGUGCUUUGCGUAGCAGAGCAUCUUAUUCUUGUACGUAUGACCAGCAUCAGCACAUCGUAUCUUGCUCUGCAGGGGUGAACCGAGAGCAAGAAUGAUCUGAUGUCCUUGUCUUAAUCACACAUAAUUUUCGCUUGAAAUUGGAGGUAUCACACACUAUAUUUAUAUGAAACAUAUCAAAGAAAAUGAUUCUGGA